CUUGCUAUAUCUAAAGCGGGAAGAAAGGGCGCAUGCGCAGAUUGACGGAGCGAGACCCAGCCGCAGAAAGAGGGAGAGCGAUGGCGUCGGUUACAAAUUACAGUGGCUACAAUCAGGCCAGUGCCCAGCAAGCGUACAGCGCAUACGCUGCACAGCCUGCUGCUCAGGGAUACGGACAAACAGCACAGCAGGGAUACACUCAGGCGGACUACAGCUCCUACACCCAGCCGGCUGCUACGGAUUCUGCAUACGGCCAAACUGCUCCCGCGGCCGGCAGCUACGCCCAGCAGCAGUAUGGAGCCUCCUACGGGCAAUCUGCUACUCCAGCUGCGUAUGGAGCUCCCCAGGCUGGAAGUCAGGGCUACACCCAGUCUGCUCAGGGCUACGGGACUAGCGGUUAUGCUAGCUCUGCUGCGACCCCGGCUGCACAGGCCUCUUACGGCAGCCAGCCUGGUUACGGCUCUCAGCCGGCCUACUCCGGAUACAGCCAGCAGCCUGCUGCCUCCGCCGCUCAGAGUUACAGUGCUACCAGCCAGCCCGCGUACUCUCAGGCCGGCUAUUCUCAGCCUCAGGCCGGGUAUCAGAGCCAGCAGGCCGGAUAUGGAAGCCAGCAGCAGGCCGGAUAUGGAGCUUCUCAGCAGGCUUCAUCCACAGCCUAUCCCCAGCAGUCCAACGGGUCCUACAGUCAGCCUCAGCAUGGCCAGUACAGCCAGCCUGGAGCCCCACAGGGCUACGAUCAGUACAGUGGGUAUAGUCAGGGAGGUGUGAGCGGGGGGUAUCCCGGCUCUCAGCAGCCUCGCGGGGGUUACGGAGGCUCAGGGGACUCCUCAGGGCCGGGCCGGGACUCCUUUGAGAGGGGAGGCAUGCGUGGUGGGCCCCGGGGCCGUGGGCCGAUGGGCCGUGGAGGAAUGGGCAUGGCUGGGGACAGAGGUGGCUUCAGUAAGCCUGGUGGACACCGAGACGGGAUGGACCAUGAAAUGGGACACCAAGAGCAGGAUGACUCUGAGAACAGCACCAUCUACAUCACCGGACUCACCGAGAACGCAGCGCUGCCCGAAAUGGCAGAUUUCUUCAAACACACCGGACCCAUUCGGAUGAACCGUCGUUUAGGCCAACCUGCCAUCAACAUUUACACCGACAGGGACUCAGGGAAACCCAAGGGAGACGCCACCCUGUCCUACGAGGAGCCUCAGUUCGCCAGAGCCGCCGUGGAGUACUUCGAUGGUAAGGAGUUUCAGGGCCGGAGGCUGAAGGUGUCGAUGGCUCGCAGGAAGCCCAUGUCUGGAGGUAUGCGGGGAGGACCACCUAUGAGAGGAGGCCCUGAUCGUGGUGGGAUGAUGGGAAGAGGAGGUGAGCGUGGUGGAUUUCCUCCCCGUGGAGGCCCGAGAGGAGGCAUGGGGGGCUGGGGAGGAGGACCACCAGGAGCCAACAACGUGCAGAAGAGAGCUGGAGACUGGGAGUGCCCAAACCCCGGCUGUGGAAACCAGAACUUCUCCUGGAGGACGGAGUGUAACCAGUGCAAAGCUCCCAAACCAGAGGGCCUGGGACCCCCUGAAGGUGGUGAGCGUGGUCGUGGUGGGAUGGGCCGCGGCGGGCGUGGGAUGGACCGUGGGCACCCUGGCAUGGGUCCUGGAGGAAUGAGAGGAGGCUGGGGAGGAGACGGAGGUUUCAGAGGCAGAGGAGGGAUGGACCGGGGAGGAUUCAGAGGAGGCAGAGGAGGACCCCCUAUGGACCGCGGAGGCAGACGGGGAAUGGGCCCCCCAGGAAAGAUGGAUGGGAGGGAUCACCGUCAGGAGCGCAGGGAAAGACCCUACUGAGGCGUCGUCUUACCUGUGCGGAGAGAGCAGCCUGUGUAAAGGGGUGUACUUUUAAAAUGGUCUUUUUAAUUUACGUGUCCAUAUUUAUAUAUGGUUAGCAGAGCUUUUGACACAUUACCUUUAUUUGUUUUUGUUUAUUUUGCCUUUUUUUACAAUCCAGAUAUUUAGAAGUUUACUUUUAUUGUUGCUUUUAGUUAAGCAUAUGGUCCUGUUGCUUUUUCCACUUUAUUGCUUUUUGUUUUUGCUCGCACUGUACAAUUUCCCCAUAUCGUCAGUUUUUCUUCCAUUUUGUACUGGACGUUUUACUCCCGUUCCCCACCGUAUAACAGUGAACUACUCGAACAAUCUUUUUGAGAAUAAAAUUUUCAACUGGG